AUGAACGGAGCUAUCGAGGCAUUGCACAUCUUUGAUGAGCACAGACGGAGCCUCCUGUCACACACCUACACAUCCCGACCACUCUCGGCGGCUCACCUCCUCCCGCUGUAUCUCCAACACCCCAGUCCUCGGCCGAACGUAAUAUACCUGUCGAACACGAACCCGCCGACCCUCGUCUUCAGCUUGAUACACGCAAACCUACUCUACCUCGCCACGACAUCGACCGAGAUAGAACCAUUGCUCGUGCUCGAAUUUCUCCACCGUGUCGUUGACGCUCUCGAAGAGUUCCUCGGAGCGCCAGUCCUGGCGCACAAGAUCGAGGCGAGCUACGAUGUCGUCGCACAGCUCCUCACCGAGAUAUGCGACGCCGGAACAGUCAGCACUACAGAGCCGAACGCCUUGAGGGACGUCAUAGAGGUCGAGGGCUUGCUUGACAAGUUCCUGGGCAGCAUCAAUCUACCCGGAAAGCCGUCCUUUGCUGCAGCAAACACUCCAAUGCCGUCCGUGCUUUCCCAAAACGCACCAGCACUGCCCUGGCGACGGGCGAAUGUGCGUCAUACUUCCAACGAGCUUUACGCCGACGUCGUCGAGACCCUAUCGGUUACCCUCGCACCGUCGGGCCGGCCCAUCGCCGCUUUUGCAAAUGGCACGAUAGCAUUCACGUCAAAAGUCUCCGGGGUACCUGAUAUUUCAAUGAACCUGACCGGGCCGUCUGGCAAGCAUAAUCUGAGCACCAUCAUGGACCUGCCCGUGUUUCACCCUUGCGUGCGACUGAGCAAGUGGAAGUCCAGCCCUGGCGAGCUCAGCUUCAUCCCUCCGGACGGCCGCUUCACGUUGGCUGGUUACGAGGUGGACCUUCUGCCCUUGGCAGAUGGCAAAGCCAGCAAUUACAACCCGAACAGCCUGAAGCUGCCGGUCAGUGUUGAGGUCAAGACGGGAUUAGGUACUACGGGAUCCGAUUUUGAAGUUCGUCUCAGCAUCAACAAGGUAUUUGGGGUGUCCGGGUCGAUGGCGCCCGGGCUAUCAAGCAGGCCAGGAGCGUCCGUGGGCAGAGGAUUUGGAGGAGGGCCGCAACCGGGCACGGCCGCGUCGCCAUCUCUGGAAGAGGUCACAGUCACGAUACCGCUGCCGCCAGAUGUGCGGAACCUGACGGACGUACGAGCGAGUCGGGGCGAUGCCAACUUUAGCCCUGGUGACCAGAACAUCGAAUGGCACAUCCCACAGAAGGAGCUCUCUAUCGGCACAUCACAAUUCGUUCUCCGAUGCUCUGUGGUGGGAAACCUGGCGGACGAGGAUGAGGGCGACGAUGAAGAUGCGGACCCUGCCGGCUUUGGGUUUGGUAAGGACUACUCUUAUGACGAUGCAUACCAAGCUUCGUCUGAGUCCAAGAAGGCACCUGAGAGUAAGGACAGCCGGGCAGAUGCAGAGCGGGACGCGAGAAAGGUGGCGCAGAACAAGACGCUGAUGCCAAGUUCGGCGUCCGUGAGCUUCUCGGUCAAAGGUUGGCUGGCGAGCGGGAUCAAGGUGGAGAGCAUCCUGAUCGACACGCGCAAGAGCCGAGGUCUUGGUGAAGGGGUCAAGCCGUACAAGGGCGUAAAAUACCUGACGAUCAGCAAGGGCGGCGUAGAGAUUAGAUGCUAA